CACUCUUUACCUUCCCGCCAAUCUCCUCACGUAAACUAAACCCUCAGAUUCCGACUCACCGGAGAAACAUGGAACCUCAUCGCCCAAUCGCACGAAGACUACAUCGCAAACCCCUCGGAGACUGCACCAACACCGUCUCCAGAACCACCAAGCAACAGUCAUCUUCUUCCUCCUCCGUCAUCAAAUUCGCGAAUCCGAGCCUCACUUCUUCUCUCAAGAGGUUAGUCGAUCAAACCUCCCUCAAGGAGAGAAACAGCAACGACAGCUCAAAGACUAGUCCCCGAUUCGUUCCCAAGUCUCUUUCCACGAGCUUGAGGCCCGUGACUCGCCGUGUCUCCGCCGAUCUGUGUUUCCCGGCGACCACGCCUUCUCGCCGCCAAAACUCGCGCUCCGGCGAGGGAGUUGGUGGUGGUGGUGACAAGGAGGUUGCUGAGCCUUACACUGUUUACACGGCUACAAGGAAGGCUUCUCCUGAGAGAAAAAGGAGUAACGACGCAGUGGCUGCUAAUCUUCGUCUUGACUUGAUAUCAAGCCCUGGGAAGAAAAGACGUCAAGCAAAUGAAAACACAGUCAAGCCCUCGAAAGCGGCUCCCAUUAAGUUUCUAAUUACCUUACAGAGGCAGCGAACAACAAAGCAUGAGGAAGAUGAUUUGGCUAGCGGAGUUUCUCAGGAUUACAUCGAGAAGCAGAGAGCUUACUUUGCAGAGAUCGAUGCAUUUGAGCUGGCAGAAGAAGAGGUAUCUGAUAGCGACUUAGACUAAGUAAGAAGUGAUAAACUAUCUUAAGGAUAUCCAUGACACACCUUAACACGUUCGUUCAUAUCACUGUAU